GCUAUCAUAUAAGGAUUAUUAUUAUCAUAAACAUGGAUUCUACAGACCCUCUAGCGGACUGGGCCAGCGGCAACCCGGUCGCGCAUGCCGAGGAGUUCAUUUCGGAAUACCAGGAAUACUUGCACAUGAUGGACGGAUAUAGGUUUGUUAUGGCCGUUGCAGCACGAUGCUUCGCUGCGCUACACGACGCGGAUGCCGGGGGCUUGCCCGGUGAGGCUCGGUCGAACGUGCUACGCACGCUGCUUCAUAUUCAAAAACUGGCUUUUGAGGAAGUAAUUCUUGACAGCAAGAAAGCGCGGCAGGAGUUCCUGUUUCUGCACAAUUACGUGCAGCGGAGGGGGUGCGCUCCGCCCCAGCUGCCGCCCGCGCCCGCGCCCGCGCCCGCGCCCGCGCCCGGGCCCACGCCCACAACUCCCGCCGCUCCAGCAGCUUCCACAGCCGCCGCUGUUCGCAAAUCAAAGCUCAACUUCAACACAUUUGUCGGGCAAGUGGUCAAAAGGCUUGGCCUUGCUGCCAAGCCCAGACCCAAAGCGUCUGGCCCAGCCCCAGCCCCAGCCCCAGCUGCUUCGGGUGUCUCGGCCACCUCCACCAGGCGUGACCCUCAGCCCGGCGAAGGUGCUACUGCCACUGCACUCUCCCCAUCAGUAGCAUCAGCGCCAGCAAGGGCAGCGGCGGCUGCGGACAACUCCGGCCUCCCACAGCAGCACCCGCUGCAGCCGCUGCCACCAGACGUGGUUCAUGCCAUCCUCUCGCGGCUGGACCCGCGCAGUGCCGCCGCCGCGGCCGCCUCCUGCCGCUCGCUCCGCGCCGCCACCUCCCAGCUGCUCACACACCCGCUGCCGCCAGGCUUCAUCGGCUACCUCGGAGCCGUACAGAACAUCUACUUAAUGGACGCCAACCGACAACGCGAGCUCUCGCAAGAGAGCUCCGAGGCAUCAAAGCUUGCUUUGGUACUGCCGCUAGACGCCAGCCCCGUCGCCGGCGCGGAUCUGGCGAUGUUUCAGGAGCUGCGGCAGAAGCGGGCGAGGCUGCUGCAAAAGCUUGAGGACCCGGAGGAGGCUGACUUUUGGAUGGGCGUGAUGCGGGCGAACGGCAAGGGCGAACCAACGGGGCAAGCGCCUAACGCGUUUGAGGAGGCGGUGCAGAGGGCCUUGCAGGCCGAUGCACGCGACGUCGACGUGGGGAAGUUUGAGAGGCCCGCACCGCACGCGGACAGCUGCCCGUUGGCGUCCUUCCGCAUCUCGGCACCGGUGCCGCUGCGCCCGCCGGUGCGGCGCCGCGCCUACGGUGCCGCCGACACCGCACCCGGCAGCGCCCCCGCUGCUGCCUGCAGCUCCACAGCAGACCCGAGCACCAGCAUUAACACCGGCGGUAGCAGCGGCAGCAACAUCGUACCGGCUGCUGACACGGGCUCAGCAGCCGCGACCGCGACCGCGGAUGCUGUCGCUGACAGCAACACGGGCACGACUGACGGCUGCGUGAUUGCCACGGCGCGCUGUGACGUGGAGAGGUGCAACCAACUACCAGUCAUGUCGGAGCGCUACCACUUUGACGGCAGCCUGCUUGCUGUCAGCUUCCCGCGGGGCAACACACGAGAGGAUCCCGGACUUGGCGCGCUGGUGGUGAUGAGUUCGGAGCAGUGGGAGGAGGAGCGGCAGCGGCGGCGGGCGGAGCGGCCGGCGCAGCGGGCGGGGCAGCACGCCGCAGCGGCAGGGCAGCAGCAGCAGCAGCAGCAGCAGCGCGCGGCGGGACGACAGCAACCAGGUGCUGGAGGCGAGGAGGAGGAGGAGGACGAGCGCGAGCCCAGGCAGUUGCACGACAUUCGUUGCGGUGGCUUUUUCACAGGCGUCGAGUGCCUGUGCGCAGAUGCCGCCAACGGCCUGGUGUGGGCUGCAGCCGAUGGUGGCAGGCGCAUCAAGGGCUUCCGCGCUCAGGUUGCGCCCACGGCGCCUGGGCUCAUGGGCUGCAACAACCCCACCGUCUGCGCCUCCGCCACUGCUGGCGCUGGUGCCCGCGUCUCCACCUCUGCCUCCCCUUCGUCGCGGUGGAGGCCGCGCGCGGUGGCGCCUCCGCGGUACGGCUUGCAGUACACGCUGUGCAGUGACGUGGACGCCGGCUCGCGGGGCGGCCCCGUGGAAUGCGUCGGGCUGCACGUGGCGGGCAGCCGCGUGGUGGCUGUCAAGGCCAACGGCGCUGUCCUGGAGUGGGACCUGGCGCGUGUGCCGCCACAGCAGCAUGAGGUCAAGCCCCACAUCGACGACUGCUCGUCCUCCGAAGAAGACGAGGAAGACGAGGAGCAGCAGGGCCGUCCCGGAGCCGCCGCAGGCGGCGCGGCGGCAGCACACCAGCCGCCCAUCACGAGUCCCACGGAGGAGGCAGUGGGCUUCCGCGGCCGUCUGAUGCCCGGGCGUCAUGCCAGCGAGAUACCCAACGUGGAGGGCACCGUAGGCCUCCCACCCGACGCCGUGCACCUGCUGCCGCUGCCGGUGGAUGGGGCCGAAGCACCGCUCACUGGCUCCCGCUACGGUACGCCGCUGGAGGCUGGAGCCGACCUGCGUACGGGGCUGGUGUAUCGUACGCUGAUGCUGUUGGGCGCAGUACCCAGUGGUGCAGCUGCCCGUGGCGCCGCCGCCGCCGCGGCGGCGCCGGCGGCGCCGCCGACACCCACGCAUUGGGCCGGCGUGACGUUGGUGGUGGCUCUGAGUUGCAACGGCGGCGGAGGAAAGGGCGGUGGCGGUCUGGGCGGGAACAUGAUCCUUGCUUGGGACAUGGAGACGCGGCGUGUUCGCAACCGCUUCUUCGGGCACCUGCUCAAGGUGACUGACAUGGCGUCGGCACCGGCGUCGUGCCGGCAGCCGCACGCGUUCGCCAGCUGCUCAUACAGCGGCGACGUCAAGGUCUGGGACCUCCGGAGCAGCGGCGGCGGCGCGGCGAUCACGCUCACGCACAGCGGCACGCAGCCGCUGUCUGCGGUGUGCCUGGCCGCAAGCCCCACAGGCGCAGGCGCAGACGCGCCGGGUGGAGGUGGAGGAGGAGGGGACAGCGGAGUGCUGGGCGCAGGCAUGCUGUGCUUUGCAGGCGGCGUCAAUGAAUCCAUUUGGUGCUGGGACCUGCGGCGUGGCGCCGCCCGCCCCCUGUACGAGUUGUCCACUGGCAACACCCUCGUUCGCGCCCUGGCGUGGCACGAACCCAGCUGCUCCCUCCUGGCGGCGCUGGAAGCCCCCUGGGUGCAUCACCACGGCGGGCACAUGAAGGAGCACUGGUUGAAAGUGAGCGUGGCCAAUGACGGCACCCCGGUGAAUGAUGGUUUGACUGGAGGGCCCGCUGGUGUGGGGCAGGCGCAGGCGCACGCGGGCGCGGGCGAGGGUGAGGUUGCGGCGGGCGCCGGUGAUGGCGGGGCGGGCGUGAAGCGCUUCUGGCCGCGCCAGGCGGCGCAUUCGCCAGACCAGUUCCCGAGGUACUGGUCGCUGGCUGAGGGCUGCGUGGUGCAGUACCGCUUCCAGGAGGGCGCCCGGGGGCGUGUGCCGCCCAGCCAAGACCCGCCCUUUCGAAGGGGUUUUGGCCAGGUGCUUAUAAACUGAAAGAGCAGUGUCGCGGGUUUGACUGCGGAGUGCUAUGUUGAUGUGAGAUUGUCACGAUGGCAGCUGGGAAGCAGCUUGCAAACAGGCGAACUGGAUUGAUAGAGGCCGUAGUGGAAGAGCCGCAGAGAAUGGCCGGCUGCGAUGGAGGACGGGGACUAGCAUAUGGGCCUGGCGCCCCUUUCUUGGCCUGCGGGGAGCCCUGAAUGAUGCCACAUACGCCUGAAUGACGCACUGUGGAGUCUACUGCCAUCUGCGGUUGUGAGGCAUGGGGCCCGGGCAUGUUGCAGGCGGCGGGCCACCGCGCAGUAGAAGCGACAAUCGGAACAAUCCGCACACGCCUCGUCAGUGUGUUUGGUCUACGCGUACACAGGCAGUACGGCUGGACCGGUCUCUGGUAAAAG